AUGUCCAACCGCCGUGUCAAAUCUCUGGCGCACGAUGAAGACGAUCUCGACGACUAUGAUGACUAUGACGACGACUACGAGGACGGCAAUAACAACGACCUUUCACCAGAAGACAAGGAACAGAUGCGCCAAGGCACAGUCAAGGUCCGCACUGCGCUUGGAUCGACAUUUCCUGCCACGGACAGUGAGAUCCAGGAUGCACUAUGGCACUAUUACUACGAUGUGGCAAAGUCUGUUGCGUACUUGAAGAACAAGCAGAAGCCACCUCCUUCUGCAUCCAAGAAGCAGGUAACCCAAAACAAGAAUUUCGACGCCUACACUACAAGCGAAGCGCGGUUUUCUGCUGUCGAGUUCUUCCAGGACAGCCCAUGGCUGAAUAUCCCAGAGCAUCGAAGGGGUGAGAUCGUCAUCGAGCCACUCUACCCGCGCCUGGGGCUGCUAGGAGGCGCCGCAAACGCCGGCAAAAUGUCAAAGCUGGCUGCUCUGGCCGCUAAACGCCGACAGAAGGAGAACCAGCCGCCAGCUUCGGAGCCUAGACCCGGGAGCGAAAUCAAGGAGGACUACUUGCCGGACCUGAAAAAACUAGGAAUAACUGCUUCACCCCAAGCCAAAUCUACCUCCAGCGAACCUCAAGCUCUUGAACGCCAGGCGCCGUCAACAGGCGGAGAAGCUUCAGCGGAGGCGGACCGGCAGAAACACACGCCCGAUGUCCCACUUGUGGUCGAUCAGAAUCUACGUGGCCACCCGUCGGCAUUCGCAAGCAUCAUGACCAACCACGGCCCUGAAAGUCAAUCGCUGCCUUCCACUGAUUUCCCGUCGGUCAAAGCGACUGCCAAGUCCUUCAAUUUUGCAGAGCCUAGUCCGGAUGAUAUCGUGACCAAGGCACAAUCUGCAAAAGCGUCGUCGACCACGUCUGAACCCAAAGAACCAGCCAAGUCGAAGACGACCUUGAACAAUGGUGUCCAGGCUCUGUCAAUACAGGACACACCCAAGAUCAAAAGCAAGAAUAUCGAUGUGCUCGCCGAAUACAAGAAGACAAAGCGGAAGAAUGCGGCAAAUUUUGUUGUUAUAGGCCAUGUUGAUGCAGGCAAGAGCACUCUCAUGGGUAGACUGCUGUUUGAUCUCAAGGCUAUCGACCAGAGAACCAUGGAGAAAUAUCGACAAGAAGCCGAACGCAUCGGCAAAGGCUCAUUCGCGUUCGCAUGGGUUUUAGAUCAGGGCACUGAAGAGAGAGCGAGAGGUGUCACUAUCGACAUAGCCACCAACAAGUUCGAAACGGACAAAACGUCCUUCACCAUCCUCGAUGCCCCUGGUCACCGAGACUUCGUGCCUAACAUGAUUGCCGGAGCUAGUCAGGCAGACUUCGCUGUCCUCGUCAUUGACGCUUCGACGGGGAAUUUCGAGUCUGGGCUCAAAGGACAGACCAAAGAACACGCCCUGUUGGUGAGGUCCAUUGGCGUUCAACGGAUCAUCGUCGCUGUGAACAAGAUGGAUGUUGCAGACUGGUCGCAAGAGCGGUUCACCGAAAUCCGCCAGCAGAUGGCAGCUUUCUUGAGCAGUGCUGGAUUUCAGUCGAAAAACAUUACAUUCGUGCCAUGUUCAGGCCUUGAAGGUGGAAACAUACUUACCAAAGUUACCGAUGCGAAAGCAGCCUGGUAUCAUGGUCUGACAUUGGUCGAAGAGCUGGAUAGUUCCGAGCCACUAACCUACGCGCUGGACAAGGCUUUGCGAAUGACGAUUAGCGAUAUUUUCAGGCAUGGCAUACAGAAUCCCCUAUCCGUGUCGGGACGAUUGGACGCUGGUGCCAUUCAAGUGGGCGAGGAAGUCGUCAUCAUGCCCAGUGGCGAAAAGGCACAGAUCCGCAGCUUGCUAGUGGACGAUGAACCUCAGGAUUGGGCAGUGGCAGGACAGAAUGUGAUCCUGAAUCUUACCGACAUCGACCCUAUCCACUUGAAGUCAGGAGACGUUGUUUGCAGCACCCUGUCACCCAUUCGGAACAUUACUGAAUGCAAGGCCAAGAUACUGGCGUUCGAUCAUCUCACGCCGAUGAAUGUCGAUGUGCAUAAAGGACGCCUGCAUGUGCCGGGCCGAAUCAGCCAGCUCGUCGGCGUCUUGGACAAAUCAACUGGGGCAAUCACAAAGAAAAGGCCGAAGAUUGUGCAACCAGGAAGCGUUGUUCGAGUCGUGGUGCAGCUCGAUCAGGCUGUACCCUUGGAGGCUCCAGCCAGGAUUGUUCUGAGGGCAAACGGAGAGACCGUCGGCGCAGGCCUGAUUGAGUAA